UCACUCAUCUGGCUAUAUAUAUACCUCGUUUUCAUACAAUCGACACCAAAACAAAAUGGAAACACCAUACACCUCCCCCGCGAACCCUGACUCGCGAAUAGUCUUCUUCUUCGACAUCGACAAUUGCCUCUAUUCCCGAGCCUGCAACGUCCAAGACCAAAUGAAACACCUAAUCCGCCAAUUCUUCAUAACCCACCUCUCCCUAACCCCCAACGAAGCCCGCACCCUGCACCAAAAAUACCACCAAGAAUACGGCUUCACCAUCGACGGUCUCUCCCGGCACCACCAAAUCACCCCCCUCGUAUUCAACCAGGAAGUCGACGACGCCCUACCAUUAGAAAAGCUAAUUACACCGGAUCCUCAACUACGGAAACUCCUCCUAGAUAUCGAUAGAACGAAAGUCAAGCUGUGGCUAUUCACAAACGCCUACAUUAACCACGCGAAGCGCGUUGUGAAACUCCUGAACGUGGAGGAUCUGUUCGAGGGAAUCACGUAUUGCGAUUAUGCCGAGGUUCCGUUGGUUGGGAAGCCGACCAAGGAGAUGUAUGAGAAGGCGGAGAGAGAGGCGGGGGCGUUGGGGACGGAGAUGUGUUAUUUUGUUGAUGACUCGUACAUGAACUGCAAACAGGCCUCGGAGCGAGGUUGGAAGGCGAUUCAUCUAGUCGAGCCUAUGCUAUCCGUGCCGCGGACGCCGGCAUCACCGUACUUGAUACAGAGUCUGGAGGAAUUGAGGGUGUUGUUUCCUGGCUUAUUCAAGACUGUUGUGGAGUAGUCCACAUACGCCUUCUCUCAUAUUGUAUUUAUAAGAUCCCCAACUCAAUAUGGCCCAUAAGCCUCCAACGGAUUAAACCCCCUCCUCUGCUCAAACAACUUCAAGAUCGGCUUAAACAACACUCUCCCCUCAUACCUCUCCAUCCUCCCCAACCGUUCCGCCUCCGCUUGCCUCUCCACCGUCAAUUUCAUCUCAUUCCAAGAAACCCAUUCCCACUUUACGCAUUUCUCCGGCUCCAUG